UAGUAAAUUUGUAUUUUACAAAACAGUUGUAUUAUAAAAUAUCUUCAAAAGAUAUAAUAAGACAUAAUAUUCAGUGCUACCACCUUGACUGGUCUAUGAAAUUAUUUCGUACGCAGUCGGUGAAUUUAUUUACAAGUUCUAUUUUGCCACUAUUUUGACAAUCAAAGAACACAGUUCAUCGGAUUUUAUAUAAUUUAUUAUAUUAAUCAAGCGAAGUGUUAUAGUUAAUACUCAUAUGCUUCGGUAAAUGUUAUGGUAACAUCCACUCGACCUAUAAUAACUAUAUGUUGAAGUAUGGUCGUGCGUGUCGCUUAAAAGUCUGAAUGUAAAGUAGUGAUGAGUGAACAGAGUGAAAUAAGUUAUUUGGACGGGGAUAUAGUAUGGGUGAAGCUGGGCUCUUGCUUCUGGCCCGGCGAGGUGGUGGGUCCUGAAAAGUUGCCGCCAGAUUUGUUACCAUCCUUCCGGAAGCCCCCUAUUGCUGUUGUGAAGUUCUUUAAUGAAGAUUCAUAUGAAUAUGUCAAGAAUUUAAACAGCAUUUUUCAUUACAACUGCAGCCGCAAGAAUGAAUUUAUCAAUAAAGGGCUAUAUAUGUAUAGAACAAAACAUGGUCCCAUGGAGAAGUUUCCAGAAGAUGUCAUAAGAGCUGAGACAGCUGUAGGAGGUGAUAUUGCCAUCUUAACUCGGGAUGAGUUUCAAGAAACCAAGAAAGAAAGCUAUGCUGGCUUAUUUGGUGAUCCAAAGAAAACUCCUUUGUCUAGUAAAAAAGGAAAAGGUUCAUCAGAUCAGAAGUUGUCAACACCUAUGAAAAAGCUUCAAGGGAAGACAAAUUAUAAAGUACAUAUAUUGUUACAAGGGUCAAAAACUCCAUCUCAAAAUCAACCUGCAGAAAGUGUUUCAACACCUUCUACCAGUCGCGCCGGUUCUGAACCACCAGAGACACAGGAUAAACCAGUUGAAAAUAAAAUUGAUGAAGUAGACAAGCCUGAGAAACCUGAAUUACCCUUCACUCCUUCUGUGCCAAGCACUCCUACAAUGUCAGGGGCUGGACAAUAUGCAUGCCAUGCUUGCCAAUUUACUACAACACGUUUAAAUGUGUUAAUUCUACAUAAUAAAACACACAGUAUUUCAUAUACUCCAUAUACACCAUCUCCAAUAAAAAAGAAAGUUAUUCAUAAAACACCAAAAUCUACUCCUGUUACCUCCAAGACACCAAAACCAAGAAAGCCACGGCAAGAAAAACCUGAAAAAGUACUCAAGAAGUCCCAAAGUAAAAAACGUGCUGCAGAAGCGGAAUCUACUACUGAAGUUAAAAAGCCGAAAACUGAUGAAGAGAUUAAAAGUAGCCUUUUGGCUGACUGGGACGAUGGAGAUGAAGAAUCAAAUGAUGAAUCUGCUGCAAUGGUGAUGGCAAGAUCACCGGAGGUUCCUGUAGCAGCAGAAUCGCCAGCAGUUCCAACUCCUGCUGAAUUGCCCAGGGCAGAGAUUCCUGAGGAAACUCUGACGUUUUCGAAAAAGAAAUUUGAAUCUACUACUACUACGACCACUACUAUUACUGCUACGACUACUAGUAGUACUACUGCUGCUGAAAAACCAGAAUCUUCAAGUGACUCUAAAUAUGAAUUUUGUGAGGAUGAAGAUUGGCCUGUUGAAGCUGAUAUUGGUAGAAAAAUACCACGUGUGAAAAAUCCAUCUAAAAGAAAAAGUGAAACUAAAAGUAUCAGUAUUGAUGAUGAUGAAAUGGCAAGAGAAGUGGCAGAAUUACUUAACAAAACAACUGUCCCAGAAUUGCCAUCGGCGCCUGAACCUUUGAAAGUAGAGGAAAAUUUUCCGGAGCCUUCAAUCGUCAAAUCCCCCGAUAAACAGUUAGAGAAACCACAAAAUCUAAGUUCACCUGAAAAAAAAACCUCAAGUGACACUCCACCACCUAAAACAAUAUUUAAAACGAAGACAUUUUUUCGGAGCCGACACUCAAGAAGUCAAGACGCAAUAGGUAAAUAUGUAGCAGAACAGUUAAACGCUGCUGAAAGAAUGGAUUUGACAGAAAGUGAAUUAAAUGGUUCAGAUGUAGUUUCUCCGCUUGAGAUACGAAUUUCGCCUCCAAUUGAACAUGUGAAAGUUGCUCGCUUAGCACCAAAAAUUCAGUUAAAGAAAAUGAAAGCUGAAGCUGCCCAACUCCGAGAAAAGGAAAAAUAUCAUUUAGAUAAGUUUAAAGAGGAUUCAGUUUUCAACAUUUAUAAUUCAAAUCUGGAAUCAACGAAUAUUCCCAAUCAAGCUGAAGAAAAAGAAAACUCUGUUACAUCAUUAACAAGUGAAAUUGAACAAAACAUAAUAACUAAUAGAAAGCUCGAGAAAAGUGACGAAAUAUGUGUAAGUACAGAUAUACCUAAAGUACAUAAUACAGAUAAAGAAGAUAUUAGUAAUAAAAAUUUAAACCCUGAAAUAAACAAGACAACACAAAACAACGAAGAAGAAUCUCUAAUAGAGGAUGAAAAGAGUAAAACAAAUCUAGAAACUGAUAAUAAUUCAGUAAUAAAAUUUAAGUCAAGUGAUUUGGAAAAGUCAUAUGAACUCGAAAAGACAUAUGUGUCAUAUGAACAUAUUAAUGAAUCUACUGCGUCAGCUGUCGAUGCACUGUUGAGUGUAUCUCGGGAAACAGAUAGAGUAACGAAAGUAAUAAGUGAUGAUCCUCCUGAAGAUUUGUUUGAAGAGGACAUUAAAGACAACAGCAGUUUAAACGGCUUUAGUACAAGUUAUCAACCUAUUGAUGAAAAUAAUGAUAAAAAUUUGAUUUCAACAGGUUCAGAAUGUGCUGUUGCACAGCCUAAUACAAAACUAAAUGUUGAUACGACAGACGAGGAAAGUAAUAAUUUUUCGACCGUAUUGCCAGAACCUAGCAAUAAUUCCGAUUGUAUUAUUGAUGUUCAGGACGCUCCUGUUGUAAAUGAAAACCCAAUUGAAGAGCUAAAUGAAAACACAAUUGAAGAGCUAAAUGAAAACCCAAUUGAAGAGAUAAUUGAGAACCCAAUUGAAGAGAUAAAUGAAAACCCAAUUGAAGAGCUAAAUGAAAACCCAAUUGAAGAGAUAAUUGAAAACCCAAUUCAAGAGGUCAAUGAUAACACAAUUGAAGAAGUAAUUAAAAAUCCAAUUGAAGAAAUAAUAAAAAACCCUGUUAAUGACGUAACCCAUAGUUUACCUUCUAAAAAUGAUAUUGAUGAGGUAGGAAGUGAUACAAUAAACUUAAAUAAUGAUAUUGCAGACACCGUUUCGCUGCCUUCCAAAAAUGAAUCUGAGGGGCAAGCAAGCCAUACUUUACUUUCUAAGAUCGAAAAUGAGGAUGUUGUCGGCCAUGUUUUGCCAUCUGAUAAUGACACCAUUCCAGACGUUGUUUCAAAAGAUUUGAAUGAAUGUUAUCCUUCAGAUACUACCCUUUCAGAGUCGGAUCUACAGAUAGCUGAAGCACUUAUUAAUUUACCGACAACCACUCUUCAUAAGAAAUCAUCCGUGAACCAUAUAGAAAACAAUACUUUAAUGGAUGUAGCUUCGGAGGAUAUUCAACUUAAUAAUGAAAAUUCGUUUAAAAAUAUUAGCAAACACGAUAUCAUAGAAGAUAUAAAUUCGGGUAGUAUCACGUCACUCCAAGAGAAUUUUCAUACUGCAUCUAAUGAUAAUAUAAAAUCUCGGUUUGAGACGGAACAAGAGAAAUGUGAAAAUUUGAAUGCUGCAAAAUCUUUGGUGCAAAUGUCUGAAUCAAUUGACCAUAAGAUAAAAAUUCCUGAUAUUGAACAGCCAAAUACUAAAGAAAUAUUGAGUAUUCUUCGACAUACUGAGGAUGACGUUAACAUGAUUGGCGGAAUGUCUACAAAAUCUAGUCGUGAACUGAUGACAAAAAUCAAUAGUGAAGUAGAUCAUAAAAUUACCAACAAUACGAACGAGUUUAAACAAAAUUUAUUGCCACAACAAAAGUCAAUAGAAUUUGAUUCACGUUCGUCAAAACUAUUGAAAAUUUUGGAAGAGCCUUGUGUACCAAAAGUGUCGUCCAUCAAAAAACAAGUUAUCAUGCCUGGAAAAGAAAAAAUUUUAAACUUUGAAGUUGGAAAAUCGAUAGUAAAACCUAAACUUCAAUCACCUAAACAAAAAAUAAUUAUUCGUCGCACUGCUCCAAAUAAAACUCUUCUAAAUAAUAUUACUGAAGUAUCAACUCCUGACAAAAUUAUUUUAUCUCGUACAAGUAAGCCAGCACUAGAUGGAUCUCCUGUACAAACAUACACAAUACAGACUACGCCAGAGCCACCUCCGACAGGGGAAGGUAAUACAAUUAUAAUUCAACAAAAGAUUAGAAAAAUAUCUAAACCAAUGUCGAAACUACAAAAAAUUAAGCCUCCACUCCAAACAUCAGCCCUUAAAUCUGUCAUAUCCAUCCCAGAAAGUAAAAGAACACAAGAAUUGAAAAAAGAUGAUUCUAUAUUUGAUAUAAAUUCUAUGCCGGUUGUUCUUUCCGAUGAUAUUCUAACACCAGAAAGUAUUGAAAAAAUGCCUAUAGUAAUGACAGAUGGUAAUAUAAUAAGCCAUUCAAAUAAUACCCCUAAAAUUUUGAAAACCAAACAAGGCGUAUUGGAAAAUGAAAAAAUGGCUAUAAAUGCGGUGCAGUCUACUAAAUCAGAAAUCAAAACUUUGUUGAUGAAUUCAAGUAAUGAAGUUAGCAAAAUUACUACACCUAACAUACUAACUAAAUCAUCUAAGUUACGAGGUGCUAAGCCUAUGCUAGUGAUAGAUAAGGUGACUGGAAAACAAAAAAUCAUCAUGACAAAACCGGAACCCCCUGUGAAAGAAAUUAAGCAACCACAAACUAUAAUACAGGCUGCGCCUCAAAGUAGUGCUAAGGGAGAAAAAUUUAUUAUUUUACCUACGCAAAGUUCUCCUCGGCCUGGUAAAACACAAAAGAUUGUUAUAGACCCACAAACAGGAAAAGCGCACGUGCUCGUUGGAAAAGGAGCAGAAACACCCUUAAAUGUAUCGGAUAACAAACCAGUUGCUGCCAAACUUUUACCACCCACACCUGAUGUAAGUGCACCGGGUAAUACUGUUAUGAUAAUCACAAAUGCUCAAGGUGCUCAAUCUAGAAUAGUUCUUACUCCUGAACACGAAAAAAUUUUAUUUCCUAAUAAACAACAGAACGUACCUCAACUAAAAACGGUUACGCAUCGUGUAACAUCAGGCGCAAGUGCCGCUCAGAAAGCUACAACUAUCCAAAAUAAAACUCCAACACGGAUUGUCUCUAAACAGAAAAGUGCUAUUAUUACUUCGAAAGGACAACUUAUUGUUGGCGGUCGCAUCGCUACCCCUACUCAAAAUAUAGCUCCAAUGCCAGAAAUAAGACCAGCUCCAAAGCGAAUACUGGCAGCUGAACCCAAAAAACUAGUUCAAACUGUACAGAAAAAUACACCAGAGCGUUUAAUAUUUUUACAACAGAAAUCUGGAACGGUUAUGCAGUUAACUGCUGCACAAUUUGAACACUUACAAAGGACAGGGCAAAUCAUACAGAAAGCCGCACCUCAGGAGAAACACAAGGUCCAAAAAUCAAUUGCGAUCCCUUCCAACGAAACAGUUGUUGUACCGGCUGGUCCGAAGCAGAGAGUUAGAAAAUCUGUUAACGAUGCGCCAACACCACCAAAAAAAGUAAAACACGAGAUAGCCAUAGCACCUUCAAUCACAACGAUAACUCCAAUACCUGCUCUGACACCUCUGUCUAAUACGUAUCCUUCUGCUAUAGCAAACGCCCCUAGUACACUUAGCAGUGCAUCAUCCACAAACUAUUCAGACUUGGAUAAUAUAGAAGAACUAUUACCCUCAACAGCGAUCGCAAAGCAAGAUUCAAGGCUCGUACAACCAGAAAUUCCCGCUCAAGCUCCUGCUCCUCUGUCAGACCCGGGACAACUGCUGGCAGUGCCCGGAGAACAUUUCGGUGGUCCACCAGGAUCAUUUUAUCUUUGCGUGGAAGAAAAUGGAACCUUCACCGUAAUAGAUAACCGACCGUUAGUUCUCGAGAAUAAUCAGCUAGUGCCGAUGCCAGAGCCGUUGCCAGUACUCGCUCAACCAGAGCGCAGAGAUAUUUUAGAAGCGGCACUAGCGAACAGUGACGUGUUUCAUGCUGACACAGCAGGCGAUAAUGCACCAGAUUUCAGGGACCUAAACGCUAACGUAUCGGUUCACUGUCGCGUCUCUGAGACAAGUACGACACUCAAUCAACCGAUAAUGACACCGGUUGAAGUGCCAUCAAAAGUUGACAGUGAACCAGCGAUGCCUUCUACUAUAGAAGACGGAUUAGCUGUGAUCGGUGUGACGCCACUCACGGUGCCGACAUCCCUCGAACUGCCGAUCACGGUGACCGAUCCGCGAAUAGCACCUAAAACAACAGACCCUUUGAGUAAUAACAAUUACGGUGCACCAUUAUUGCCUUCGCCUAACACAGAAAUGACUUUUGCAACGACAGAACAGAUGGAAGUGUCUGUAGUUGGCCCGAUAUCAAUGCCACUUCUUACGGAAGAAGAUGCAGUUGGGAAGUCUAUGCCUAUUUUGACAGAUGAGGUCGCGGAUAGGACCAUUUCUUCAGUAGAGUCCACUGUUGGAUCGCCAUCUUCGAUCGAUGUACGGGAGUCUGAGACUGAAGACAGUGCACAAUGGUCUCGGCGUCUCUUGACUCCCUGUUCUGACACCUCGGAGACCUCAGCCGAAAUCCCUUUACAACCAGUAAUGCAAUUAUCCGCAAAGGACAUUUCUCCCGAUAGUUAAACCUAAAUAAAUACCCACUGUUUUACUUUGAUGGAUAUUGGAUAUUGAUGGAUGAAAUAUUUCCGUGUUGAACUUGUUUGUGAUCGAUUUCGGCGACAGUUCACAAAAUAUUUAUUAGUAGUGCUAAUAAUCUGAUACUAAAAGUGCAAUAGAUUAAGUUUAAAAAUAUUUUUUUUCUUUUGAUUUGUCUGAAAAUCGUAACUGAUGAUUUAUUACUUGGUAAUGUAAUAAAUAAAUGUUAGUGAAGUUUGUUUUGGAGAAUUUUACUGGCGUUUUAAACGUGCAGGUGUAGAUUGCUGUGUAAAUAUAAUAUAUGAAAUCAGAUAAGAAUUUAUGUUGUAUGUUCAUAAUGUACGGAUUUCUCAUUCAAUCAAAUAUCAAAUGCAUUACUGCACAGAAAUUAGAGUUAGAACUGUGAUUGUAAAAAUUGAAUUAUGUAUUGUUGAUUCCCAAUUGUAAUAUAUUAUAGGUUAGGUAUAUUAUAAUAUUUUUAUAACGUUUAGCGAUCUUUUAAGUAAUAAAUAUUAUAAUUAUCCUAAUUUGAACGCAGUGGACGAGAUAAACUGUUGUUUGUACCCGCAUUUUGUUUUUGUGAAAAUUAUGUCAAUCACAAUCUUUUGGUUAUGAGUUUUUUUUAAUAUAGCUAAAUGUAUACUAUAUAUUAGUGUUAUUUUUAAGCAAGUACAAUAUUUGUUGAAUUAACAUUCAAUAUUGUCAGAGGCACAUAAUGUUAAUUUGUUUGAGUGAUCUAUGUCAGAAUCUAGAUCGAUUAUAAAAAAAAAACAGGCCAAGUACGUGUCAGGCCACGCGCAGUGUAGGGUUCCGUAGAUGAAAUUAGCACUUCAAACCCUUAUAAUGUACAAAAAUACCGAUAGCGAUACUCCACACAACGGGAUAGACGAAUAAAUAAUUCAUCCUUACUUUGCAUUUAGGGUAAGUACCUCAUUUUUUUUUCUUUUUCACUAUUGACGUAUAUAUACAUACCAAUGCCGAAUUUCAGCUUUAUAAAUUUAACAAUUUAUCAACUUUACCUACAUACUUAACCACGAGAUGUGUACGAAAUGUUCAUGCUCAGAGUACGUUUUUAAGUAUGUCAACUCUUUAAAUGGCAAUUGCUACUCAGCUGUUGAUUUUCCUUUAAAUUUUAUUAUAUAAUUCUAUUUUUGAUAAUUAUUUACGUAUUUAGCUGGUAAAUACAAAAAUUAGCACUUAAUACUUUACAAAUGGAUGCCUUAAUGAAAAAAAAUGUUAGCAAACACCCCGUAUCUUUUAAAGACCCCUAGCCAACGAUACCCCACACUAUGGGAUAGUCGAGUAAAAAAAUUCAAGCCCACUUUGCAUGUAGGGGAGGUACCUACCCUAAAAAAGUUUUUAUUCUACGACUUCACAUUUUAAAUGUACAUACUUAUGCUAUAUUACAGCUUUCUAGUAGUAUUAGUCACUGCGCUAAACCGCAGACAGACAGACGAACGCACAGACAGACAGACGGCGAAACUAUAAGGGUUCCUUGUGGACUACGGAACCCUAAAAAUGGCGCCUUUAGUAUAAUACUUCUGUGUAUUUUAAGGUUUUAAUAAAUAAAACUUUAUUCAA